CCUCCUCCUCCUCAUCUCACUUGAAAAACUCUUCAUAUUAACGUGAGACAUUGUAAAUAUGCUCCACAGUUUGUGUCCGCGGCUCAAUUUGGUUUCUAAGCCUAGAACUAAAUCCACACAACACCUUUCCAAUGGUUGCCCGCCUUUUACAAACUACUCGCGCGCAAGGAGUUUAGAUUGCCACAACAUGCCAUCUUCUGUUACUGUUGAAGAGAAUGCGAAAACUCUUCACGCUGCAGCGACAGCGCAUCCGGAGCCUAAAAUCUAUCCUAAUGCCGGGAAGCCAGAUUAUGUUCAUUCGAAUGUAAAAUUGGAGGAGGCACCCUUGGCCUUAGAUGAGAUGGAUAAGCGAAUAGAGGCAUUGGUUGCGGAGAUAAAAGAGGUGUUUAAUUCAGUCGAAGAUGGGGAAAUUAGUCCGUCUGCAUACGAUACUGCGUGGGUAGCGAGAGUGCCUGCCAUUGAUGGCUCCGCCGAACCGCAAUUCCCCCAAUUGCUGGACUGGAUUCUUCACAAUCAGUUACCCGACGGUUCCUGGGGAGAGGACCGUCGCUUUUUAGCAUGUGAUAGAUUCCUCAAUACUCUUGCCUGCCUUGUUACUCUCACCUCCUGGGGCGUUGGAAACAAUCAAGUGCGCAGAGGUCUUGAUUUCUUAAGGAUAAAUACAGAAGAAAUGAUUAAAGAAGCAGUAGCAUUCGGCCAUCAUGGAUUCGAGAUGGUUUUUCCUGCACUGCUGAAAGAAGCCAAACAUUUGGGUUUGGAUCUUCCUUACGAGCUGUAUAUCAUCGAGCAAAUAAACGAAAAGAGGGACUCCGGAUUGAAAAAAACAUCUGUUGAAGAGCUCCACACCCAUCCCACAGCAAUGUUGCAGUGUCUUGAAGGCAUACAAGAAGUAGUCGAUUGGAAAGACAUCCUGAAAUUGCAAUCCAAGGAUGGGUCUUUCUCAGGCUCGCCAGCAUCUACAGCUUGUGUAUUUAUGCACACCAGAGAUAAGAAGUGCCUACAAUUCUUGGCGGGCCUUGUUACAAAGUUUGAAGACCAUGUCCCCAGCAUGUAUCCAGUGGAUAUAGCAGAGCGUUUGAGAGCCGUAGAUAGUGUUGAACGUCUGGGGCUUGAACGCCAUUUCCAAACAGAGAUCAAACAAGCCUUGGACUAUGUGUUCCAGUACUGGGGCGAAAGAGGCAUUGGAUUUGGAAGGGAAAGCCUGGUUCCGGAUAUUGAUGUCACAGCCACGGCCUUCAGGCUUCUCAGGAUGUUCGGCUACACCGUAUCUUCAGCCGUUCUACAAAACUUUAAAGGUGAAGCUGAAGAACUCUGUAAGCUGUCUGAUAAUGAAAACGGAGCAGGAGUAAUCAACAUGCUGAGCCUGUAUAGAUGCUCACAGGUUAACUUUCCGGGAGAAAAUGUAAUGAGAGAAAUAGGUGCAUUUGCCAAAGAUUACUUGGCCAAAUCCCUGCAAAGCAACAACUUUUCUCAGGCCACGGCUAUCAAGGAUAACCUUCGCCAAGAGGUUGAAUAUGCUUUGUUUGCUCGAUGGAAUAGAAAUAUGCCUAGGCUGAUGACUAGAAAUCACAUAGAAGUGUUUAAUCCCGAUGACUUAUGGCUGGGGAAGACAUUAUAUCAAAUGCCAAAUGCGAGCAACAGCAAGUAUCUAGAACUAGCGAAACUCGACUUCAACCGCGUUCAGGCUAUCCACAGAUCCGAAAUACAACAUAUUAAGAGAUGGUACAAGGCUUGCAGUUUCCCGCAGCUGGAAUUUACUCGUCACAGAGAAGUGGCAAUAUACUGGACUGCUGCAGCGGUGAUGCUUGAACCACAAUACAUCGAUUGUAGACUGGCUUAUGCAAAAGCCGGAAUCAUGGCUGUUAUCACAGACGACUUAUAUGACACCUAUGCAACUUUGGAACAGGCCAAGCUCUUCAACGAAGCUUUUGAAAGAUGGGAUCCACUGCAAAUCGAGCAUCUACCAGAGGACAUGAGAAUAGUUUUCAUGGGCCUCUACAACACUUUGAUCGAUAUAUCUGAACGAACGCGGGAGGUCCAAGGACGUGAUGUGCUUCCUUACCUGCGCCAAAAGUGGUUGGAUCUGUUCUUGAGAUACACAAAAGAAACAGAGUGGAUGGAAAGGCGUUAUUCGCCGUCAUUAGAUGAAUACUGGGAGAACGCGGUGGAGUCGAUAGCACUGGGAGUAACGACCCUGACACCAAUAUUUUCUACGGGAGACGUUCUUCCUGAUCGCCUUCUCCAGAAAUUUGACUUCCGGGCAGAGUUUCUUAAUCUGGUCAGUCUCACAGGGCGUCUCAUUAACGACGUCAGAACUUUCCAGGAGGAAAGAGAUCGCGGGGAAUUGGCUUCAUGCGUGCAAUGUUACAUAAAUGAUCAUCCAGGAUGCACGGAAGAAGAAGCCCUCAAUCAUCUGUACGGAGUAAAUGAGGACGCCCUUACUAAAUUGAACUAUCACUUUUUAAUGCGUGCAGACAUUCCCAAGAGUUUCAGAACUCUUCUUUUCAACACAGCUAGAGUAAUGCAAUUGUUUUACAGGAAUAUAGACGGCUUUUUAAACGCCGCCGAAGAGAUGAAAGAAUUCAUUAAAAAGACUCUCUAUGAACCCCUCUAAUAAAUUCCGAUGCUCUUUUACUGAAAUUCCAUUUUUCAACGUAAAAUAAAAUGAAAUUCUAAAGUCUUA